UUUGUUAACAUAGACUAAGCCUACAACAUAUGUUUGAUUGUUUUAGCUAAAAUGAAAGGAAAUAAUUUUACUUUAAUUCAUUAAAAUUUCCAGUCAGUGCAUUCAUCAUUUUCAAACAAAAAUAUCAAAAUUCGUAGUAAAAAUCUUGCUUGCUUGACAUUCUUUACAAAAUGUCUUAAAAUAGUUGAUCGUACUUUUGCUAUCAGUUAAUACAAACAACUGCAAAGAAUAUAUAUCGAAUUAUGCAUCGAUUCAAUACUAUUUAAUAUUUUCUAUUUAAAAUAUCAAAGUAACAUUUACCGGUAAACUAUAACUCAAGUAAAAAUCACAACACUACUUUGCAUUACGUGUUUGGUAGCAAAAGUAGUAAAAGUCAGCAACGAACACCGAAUUCUUUCUGGUGGCAAGGUUUUCUUUGCGAUUGAGCGCGUCAUUUCUAAACUUCAUUUUACAAAAUUGCGAACCGCCAAACGAAGGAAAGAUCUAGAGAAGAGUGGUCUGCAAUGCCGCCGAAAAGGAAAAAAGCCGGUGACGAAGAUGGUGCAAGCAGCACUUCGAAGAGAACAAAAAGCUCUUCCAGUAGCCUAAAACCAAAUCAACCCGUAUUAUACAUAGAACACUGUCGCUCCUGAUCGGUCUUUAAAAGGAGAGCAGAAGUGUUGCACCGCGAACUUCAAAAUAAAUUGAUAAAACUUAAGCCAGACAUCGAAUUACAGUUAUCUUUAAAUGCAGAAGGAACGCCACGUAGAGGAUCGUUUGAGGUUGCUAUCGCUCAGGAGCCUGCAGCAAUGCGUGUCCAAUUAUGGUCAGGCGUAAAGAAAACACCAAGAGCUAGCAAAUUUCCACCACCCGAACAAUUACUCGAAGAUAUAACGAAAAUAAUAAUUGCCACUAAAAAAGAAACUGAGAACAAAUCACCUCUUCCUGGCCCAUCUAAACGCAGUGCAACAAAAAAUUAAUUCAAAAUUCAUUGAUUGAAAAUUACAAAUGUAGCUCUUAUGACUUGAGUAGUGGUAAAGCCUUUACGGAGCCCUACUUGACGAACUUCUUCAGCUCUUUUUGUAUUUUCAAAUAAAACAAAUAUGUUUGGAAUAUUUUUUUAUAAAAAUUCCAGAGAUCAAUUGCCACAUUUA